AUGGUGAUUUUGGGAAUAGUCUUGGCUUCUCUCGGCGGCUUGUGUGAGGGAGUUACAGUUUGUGUAGGUCGGGAUGUGAAGGUGAAGCUUAAUGAUGAUACGGCCUCAAUUCUGCUGAAGGAGUUAUGGGACCAUUUGGCUUUGAAAGGUUUUCUUUGUGAUUCAGGAGGCGUUUUGACUGAGGAGGAGUCUGUUUCGCAGUUUUGCUCGCAUUCUUCUUCUGUUCUUGAUGAUUGGGAGGGAGCUGAAAACUUGGAACAAGCAGUGAAUUUGGCUGUGCCUUUGGCUGUUGUUCCGCCCGAGGGGAAUUGGGCUAGUGACUCGACUAAUGUUGGAGUGAAUGACCUUGAGGAGGAGUGGGUGAGGGAGAAGGGAUUGGAAAAAAAGGUGGGUGAUAAGAUAGGGUUGCAGGAGGAGAAAGGGGAGACAGUGAUGCAAAGUCCCAAUGAUUUUAUCACAUAUGAAAGGAGAAAUCGGGGGUCCAAAUCAGGAGGGAAAGGUGGUGAAAGGAAAGGAGGGAUUGUGAGGAGUCUUUGGGGUGGGAGAUUUGUGGAGUGGAUUGCUUUGGAUGCUAUUGGUUCCUCGAGGGGCAUCUUAAUCAUGUGGGAUAACAGAUGGGUGUCUAAAGUGGAUGCUCAGGUUGGGCGUUUAUCUGUUUCAUGUGUUCUUGCUUUGGCUGAGGAUGGUGUUCAUUGGGUUUUUUCGGGUGUCUAUGGUCCUUCGGAGGACGGUAUGCACCAUUUACUUUGGGAGGAGUUGGGGGAGAUUAGAAGUCGAUGGUGUUUGCCUUGGUGUAUUGGUGGGGAUUUCAAUGUUGUUCGCUCUCCGUUUGAGAGGUCAACGGGAGGUAGGUGGACAUCUGAUAUGGAGGCUUUCUCGGAGUUUAUUGAUGAGUUUGGGCUGAUUGAUUUGCCUUUGGUUGGAGGGCCGUUUACUUGGUCUAGUGGCCGCUCUCCCCCUACCCUUUCUCGGAUUGACAGAUUCCUUGUGUCGGGGGAGUGGGAGGAGAGGUUCUCUGAUGUUGUUCAGGCUACUUUGGCUCGUCCUAUCUCUGACCAUGUUCCGUUGAUGUUGGAUUGUGGCGGAUUGUGCAAUAGACGCUCUCCUUUCAGAUUCGAGAAUAUGUGGUUGCGAGCCGAGGGCUUUCUGGAGAGGGUCCGUCUCUGGUGGGAGGGGUUUGGUGUGGUUGGCACCCCUAGUCAUUUGCUAGUAGGCAAAUUGCGUCUCUUAAAGGAAAAUCUUAAGACUUGGAAUAAGGAGGCUUUUGGGAAUCUUGUUUGGAAGAAAAAUCGGGUUCUUGUUAAAAUAGCGGCUAUUAACUGGAUGGAGGGUCAAGGGGAUUUGGUGGAAACUUUGGAGGAGUUGCCUUUUUCUGAGGAGGAAGUUCUGAUUGCUUUGAAGAGCUGCAAUGGGGAUAAGGCCCCAGGUCCAGAUGGUUUUACCAUGAGAUUUCUUCUUGAGUGUUGGGAAGUGGUUAAAGGAGAGGUGAUGGGUACUUUCCAUGCUUUCCAUUCUCGGGGAUCUUUUGAGAAAAGCUUGAAUGCCACGUUCAUUGCUCUCAUUCCGAAAAAGGGAGGGGCGUUAGAUGUUAGGGAUUUUCGCCCUAUUAGUUUGGUGGGUUGUAUCUACAAGUUGAUUGCCAAGGUGUUGGCUUCAAGAUUGAGGAAAGUUUUGGAUGGCAUCAUUUCGGACUCUCAAAAUGCUUUUGUAGGAGGCCGUCAGAUUUUGGAUUCAGUCCUUAUUGCGAGUGAGUGUGUGGACUCCAGAUUGCGUAGUGGUCCCGGGUGUUCUUUUGCUCGCUUUUCGAUCCUUGUUAAUGUUGCUCCUACUGGUUUUUUCUUUAGCUCAAGGGGCUUGAGACAGGGAGAUCCUCUCUCCCCCUUAUUGUUCUUGUUUGUGAUGGAGGCCCUUAGUAGAUUGAUGAGAAAGGCUACCGAGUUGGGUCUUUUGAGAGGCUUCCGAGUGGGCAGGGAUGCUAUUUCUCAGUUGGAAAUAUCUCAUUUGAUGUUUGCUGAUGACACUUUAGUUCUUUUUGUCUCCGGCCUUAAGGUGAAUGUGGGGAAAAGUGUUUUGGUGCCGGUUGGGGAGGUCCCUGAGAUUGAGACUUUUGCUGACAUUCUUGGUUGUAGUACUGGUUCAUUUUCCAUCUCUUACUUAGGUUUGCCUCUGGGAGCUCCUUCGAGGUGUGUGGGGAUUUGGGAUCCAGUAGUGGAUAGAUUUGAGAGAAGGUUGGCGGGUUGGAAGAAGCAGUAUCUCUCCAAGGGCGGCAGGGUCACUCUGAUUAAGAGCACCCUCUCUUGUCUUCCCACUUAUUUUAUCUUUCUUUUUCAAAUUCCCUUUUCAGUUGCGGAGAGGAUUGAGAGGCUGCAGCGUAAUUUUCUGUGGGGGGGUAGAGGUGAAGAGUUUAAGUUUCAUUUGGUGAGAUGGGAUUAG